AUGCUUGAUAUACCGGGGACAGAGACAGCAGUAAUGCCGACAGCGGCAGUAGCGACGGGAGCGAUGGGGCCAGCGGAGCCAGAAGAACCGGAAGUCGGAGGAGCAACGGGAGGGAGGGUGGAGAGGGCGAGGAGGGAUCCAUUUUCCUGGCGCCAUCCAGAGGGUCAGAGGGGUUGCCGAGGGUCUCGGCAGUGGUUACAAGUGGCACUGAAGAAGUCAGCAGAGGAUGAGGGCAGUGGAACUUACGCGGACUACGCGGACUUAGCUUGUGAGGCGUCAAAGCUAAACUCUGUGCCGAUUAGACGGCAUUGCGAAAGCGCACCGGAGCGGAACAGGAAAGCAGGAGAGCGGUGGGCAAUGCGUGGUGGGUGUAUGCGUGGUGUAUGCGGGAUAUAUGCGCAAUGUAUGCGCAGUGUAUGCGGUGCAUGUGGAGUGUAUGCGGAGUGUAUGCGUGUGGAUGCGCAGCGGGGGCGGUGGAUGCGCGGUGAUGCAGUUAGUGUAGGGGUGUCCAGAGAUGCAGGUGUUCAGAGUGCGCAUAUAUGCGCAGGACAGGUGGCUGAGGGACACCAGGCUGCGCUUGGCGGCAUCAGCGAGUGUAUGCACCGCAGAUGCGCACACAGUGCACAUACUGUGCAGCAUGCAUAG